AUGAAGUUGCUUGUGCUUUUGGGCGCACUGUGCGUGUGCGGUACGAUGGCUGCGUCGGAGGUGGAAUUGCCCGCUUACAUGGAGAUCUGUUAUCGUGACAGUCCCUUGCUUGGCAGCUGUAUCAAGAACAGCAUCCAGCGUAUGCUUCCGGAAAUGUAUACUGGUAUUGAAUCGUUUGGCUUCCCUUCGCUUGAUCCGUAUGAGACCAAGAGCACCUACAUCGACUACAAGCGCAACCAAAUGUCGGCCUCGCUGCACGUCAAGAAUGCCAAAACGUUCGGCAUGAGCAAAGCCCGGAUUCUGGAUGCUCGGGCGACAGCCACGGACAAGUCUUUGAAUCUUGCCGUCGACGUGCACUUCCCGGAGAUCGUCAUGGAGGGAUACUUCAAGGGCGAGGGACGCUUCAACAGUAUUAAGCUGGCUUCGAAGGGCUACUUUAACAACACCAUGUCUGACGUUACCACCACCUGGACGAUGUCGGGAAGCGUGAAGGAGCGUGACGGUGAGGAAUACCUGGAGAUCGAAAGCUUCGACAUGGCGCCCGAGGUAGCGAACAUGAAGAUCUACGCCACGGGACUGUUCCCCGAUCCAGAAUUGAACCAAAUCGCGCUGGAGUUUGUCAACCAGUACUGGCCAAUGUUCUACAAGGAGUUGCUGCCGAGCUCCCGGGAGGUAUGGGAACCGGUGAUGGUUGAGCUGGUGAACAAGAUAUUCCUAAGUGUCCCGUACCGACGACUUCUGCCGAAGCAGCAGCAGUAA